UUUUCUCUCAUUAACUUUGUCUUUUUGUUUAUAUUGUGUAUCGGUUUCAGCUGUAUUGUCGUCUCAGAGAUUGUUAGCUCUAGUUAUGAGCUUUGAAUCAUUAAAUGAGAGAGUUUUGGUCGAUUAUGAUUGGAUCGGCCUAGAUCAAAUGGACCCAAACAUGGAUUAUUAAGGCGGGUUAGAACGUUUGUAGAGUCGUACUUGUCAUUUUGUCCAAUUUACAGUAUUUAAAAUUUGCUUAAGUGAUGCAUUAUAUGGGCCGGGUCAAACUAUUUAGGCUGAGCCCAAAAGGGCUUUGACCCACCCAAUUAUUGCCCAAUUCUUACUGUAGUCAAUCCUAAUACAUUUGUGGGUUUAAACCAAUUUUCGAUUUACACGAUCAUAACCAAACGACUUAUUUAAACCAUUGACAAACUUCAUACAAACUCUAAUACUAAGAUAAUUUGGAAACUUCUCUUCAAAAAAAAAAAAAAAAAAGAUAAUUAGGAAACAACAAGGAAAGUACCAAAAUUAUAUCCUAAUUGAUACAAUAUAUCUCAAUAUCUUUCUAAUAUGAUAAGUGAAAAACUUUGUGUUCUAAUAUGUAUAUGAAAUUUAUCCUACAAUUAAAAUUUUCUUAUACUAAAAAAUACUCAAAUUAGACGCCAUUAUAUAUACGAAGUAUAUUAAUCAAUUUAAACCAUCAAAGUUGAUAAUCACUCUUUCUCCAAAUUUAAUUGUAUUUGUUUGCUCUAAUAAUCAUGGCGGACAAACCUUAUAGCAAAAUUCUUGAAAGGUUACCGGUUAAAUCUCUUCUCCGUUUCAAGUGUGUUUGUAAGCGUUGGCGCGAUGAAAUCAACACCACUUUUUUCAUAACAUCACACACUCGACAAGUUCGAAUAAACGAACCGAAUUCUUCUACACUCAUCUUCCGUUGUCUUGAUUAUUCAUCAAAUGAAAAGAGGUGGUGGUCACGGGACAUUUUCUCACUAGAUCUCCAAUCUUCUUCAUUAGAGGUCAAAAAAUUACCUCAUUAUUAUCCUUCAUCUUAUGAGAGUAGCUACUAUUCCUCUUUUAACUACGCGUUUGUUGGUUCAAGUAAUGGCUUGGUUUGUUUCCGAGAAAAAGAGUAUGAGCCACAAUAUUCGAUUUACAACCCGGCUACCGGUAUCGGUUACACCCUACCUAAGUUGUAUCCAAAUCAUCAAUAUUCUUCCCAACGCUAUAUGAUGGGGUUUGGUUAUGAUUUUGCUAAUGACGAUUACAAGAUAUAUGAUUACAAACGUCAUAACAAAUCUGGUUCUCUUUAUAGCUUGAAGAAUAAUUCAUGGAAAAUCAUUGAACCUCCUCCGCCAACUCGUGAUGUGCGGGAGGUAAUACGCAUGGUUUUUUCGGAUAACGCGUUGUAUUGGAUAUGUUAUCCACAUCCUUAUUAUACAUCUAAUGCAAUUAAUGCAUGUGUAGUUAGUUUUGAUCUAGGGACCGAAAAGUAUCGUGAACCCUAUAUUAAUUUGCUGUCAUGGGCUAAUUUGAGUUUAGUUGAAUUACGGGGUCGUUUGCAUUUCAUAAAAUAUAAUAUGUACCAUACAUCAUUAGCUAAAAGACCUAGAAUAUAUAAGUAUAACAUUCGUAUUUGGGUUAUGACCAAUAACAAUGACGGUUCGAACCAAUUGUGGGUUAAAUUGGUUGAUUGUAUUUCACUCAAACAAUGUUUACAAAGGGAAUUGAGAUGUAGUGGUUCCUCACAUCCAAGUUGUUAUCGUCCGCCACGACCUUGCGCUUAUUUAGAGAACAGACGAGAAAUGUUAAUAGAUUUAGGGGGAAUUAUCAUGGUUCAAUGUGAUCUAAGUACUGGUAAGGUUAAGAAAGUCGAAAUUCGUGGUUUACCGAUUGAUGGUCGCCAUUUUGUAAACCCUAAAUAUGAUCUUAUUCCAUGGAUUAGUUCUUUUGUUUCCCCUUGUACUUAA